AUGGGAAUCGCACGAGACGCAUCAUCAAAGUUCGUUCAGCUCUUUUGUGACUGGGCCGUGCGUCGGCUCUGGAUGACAGUACGCCUAAAUGAAAAGGAGGCAGACCUGGUGCUGGCAUGGCUGCGAGAGCAGCCUGCAAUCCAUGAUGCCUCGGAACUGUGGCUCUACGGACAACGCUCAGAGGGCAAAGCUACCCGUUAUGAGUAUGAGCCAGAGAUAAAAGUGACAUCGCGUCUGCGGUGUCGACGACCAGAUGGAUCUAGUCAAUGGGUGUGGAUCACCCGCGAGAGCCGCGAGGGCUCUGGUGGAAACAGAGCCACGGUGUCCAUUCUUGGUCGAGACAAGGUGGUCUUGGAGAAGAUGCUGGAGGAGGGCCGUGAGAUCCAGCGGCGCAAGCGGGAGAAGUUCCUGACCGUCGUGCAAGUUUACGACUUUGGGAAGGAGCAUGGCCUGAAUUGGUUGCACCCGCAGGACAAAGACCGAAAGCAGCCUGGUCGGUCAAUAUCCUCAGUGGUGCUGCCGCGCUGUUGCCCCGGGAGCUCGGGCAUAGACCAAGCAGAGGCUUUGCUGGAAGACGCUCGGGAGUUUCUGAACUCGGAGACCUGGUAUACGGAGCGUGGCAUUCCCUACCGCAGGGGUUAUCUGCUCUAUGGCAUUCCAGGUGGAGGCAAAAGCUCUUUGAUCAUGGCCGUUGCGUCCGAGCUGCGGCUGCCAAUUUACAUGAUGAGCUUUUCUUCCGAGCGGAUGAAUGAUGAAGUGCUGAGCUCACUUCUGCAGUAUGGCAUGCAUGAUCCACCUACCAUCCUCUUGUUGGAGGACGUUGAUCUUCUCCAUACUGCAGUGCUCAAUCGUCAUCGGCAGCUACAAGACUCUGCUGGUGACUCCAGUCCUACCGACAGGGACAAGGACAGCUCAGACAAGGGCUACGAGAAGAGUCGCCGCGGACGCCUGACGCUUUCUGGGCUGCUGAACGCUCUGGAUGGUCCCACAGCAACGACUGGGAGGCUCCUCUUCAUGACAACGAAUGACCGAGAUGCACUUGAUCCUGCGCUGCUGCGGAGCGGCCGAAUCGACUAUGAGUUGGAGUUCAAAGCUGCCGUGCCGGACCAGAUACAGCGUCUCUUCACUCGGUUUUAUGCCGACUUUGGAGGCUCCACGUCGGCUCAGUCGCCGGCGGCAGUCAAGGCGCUGCCUGAUGAAGGCGACGGAGCUCUUGCCGAGCUCACCACUGAGGAACUUGCUCAGCUUUUUGCCAAAAAGCUGGACAGUUCCUCAAAGCGGCUCACAACCGCAGACAUUCAGCGGCACCUCAUGAAGCGCAAGAAGAGUCCUCGGCGGGCUGUGGAAGAGGUGCAAGAACUGCUUGAUACCUUCUCUACCGGGGAUGACAUCCAGGCAUCGGUGCGAGACCCAUCCUGCCCCACAAAGUGA